AUGGUGCGGCUUGUGCUGCCCAACCCCGGCCUGGAGGACCGAAUCCCGUCCCUGGACGCACUGGACACCAUUGAGGAGAAGGAGGCUAGCUCACGGCCCCAGUGGGACAACAAGGCCCAGUACAUGCUGACCUGUGUGGGCUUCUGCGUGGGGCUGGGCAACGUGUGGCGCUUCCCCUACCUGUGCCAGAGCCACGGAGGAGGGGCCUUCAUGAUCCCCUUCCUCAUCCUGCUGGUCCUGGAGGGCGUCCCCUUGCUGUACCUGGAGUUCGCCAUUGGCCAGCGGCUGCGGAAGGGAAGUGUGGGCGUGUGGAGCUCCAUCCACCCCGCUCUGAAAGGCAUAGGCAUCGCGUCCAUGCUGGUGUCCUUCACGGUCGGCCUGUACUACAACACCAUCAUCGCCUGGGUCAUGUGGUACUUCUUCAACUCCUUCCAGGAGCCCCUGCCAUGGAGUGAGUGCCCACUGAACCAGAACCAGACAGGCUACGUGGACGAGUGUGCCAGGAGCUCCCCUGUAGACUACUUCUGGUACCGUGAGACCCUCAACGUCUCCACCUCCAUCGACCAUUCGGGCUCCAUCCAGUGGUGGAUUCUGCUGUGCCUCACCUGCGCCUGGAGUGUCCUGUAUGUGUGCACCAUCCGUGGCAUUGAGACCACCGGGAAGGCCGUGUACAUCACCUCCACGCUGCCCUACGUCGUGCUGACCAUCUUCCUCAUCCGUGGCUUGACACUGAAAGGCUCCACCAGUGGCAUCGUCUUCCUGUUCACACCCAACAUCAGGGAGCUGGCCAACCCGGUGACCUGGCUGGACGCAGGCGCCCAGGUCUUCUACUCCUUCUCGCUGGCCUUUGGGGGCCUCAUCUCCUUCUCCAGCUACAACUCCGUGCACAACAACUGCGAGAUGGACGCUGUGAUCGUGUCCAUCAUCAACGGCUUCACCUCUGUGUUCGCGGCCACGGUGGUCUACUCCAUCAUCGGCUUCCGCGCCACUGAGCGCUACGAUGACUGCUUCAGCCAGAACAUCCUAACACUCAUCAACGCCUUUGACCUGCCGGAGGGCAACGUGACCCAGGAGAACUUUGCGGCCAUGCAGCAGUGGUUUAAUGCCACCAACCCUGCCAUCUACGAGGGGCUCAAGUUCCAGACCUGCGACAUGAACUCCUUCCUGUCGGAGGGCGUGGAGGGCACAGGCCUGGCCUUCAUCACCUUCACCGAGGCCAUCACCAAGAUGCCAGUGUCCCCGCUGUGGUCAGUGCUCUUCUUCAUCAUGCUCUUCUGCCUGGGCCUCUCAUCCAUGUUUGGGAACAUGGAGGGCGUGGUCGUGCCCCUGCAGGACCUCAAGAUCGCCCCUGGAAAGUGGCCCAAGGAGCUACUCACGGGCAUCAUCUGCCUGGGCACCUACCUCGUUGCCUUCAUCUUCACGCUGAACUCGGGCCAGUACUGGCUGUCCCUGCUGGACAGCUACGCAGGCUCCAUUCCCUUGCUCAUCGUGGCCUUCUGCGAGAUGUUCGCCGUGGUGUACGUGUAUGGCGUGGACAGGUUCAACAGGGACAUCGAGUUCAUGAUCGGGCACAGACCCAACAUCUUCUGGCAGGUCAUGUGGAGAGUGGUCAGCCCACUCCUCAUGCUGGUCAUCUUCCUCUUCUUCUUCGUGAUCCAGGUCAACAAGGAGCUCACAUACAGUGUGUGGGACCCCAACUAUGUGGAGUUCCCGAAGUCACAGAAGGUCCUGUACCCGGGCUGGGUGACUGCAGUGGUGGUAGUUGUAGCUGGGGUGCCCUGCCUGACUAUCCCCUGCUUUGCCGUCUACAAGAUCAUCCGCAGCCGCUACCAGAGCCCAGCGGACCGCCAGGGGUUGGUUAGCACACUGUCCACCGUCUCCGUGAACGGGGACCUGAAGGGCUGAGUGGGCCCGGCCUAUAGGUGCAUACAUCUGGGUGUGUAUGUGGUGCAGGCGUGUGUGGCUGGCAGUGCACAUGUGGGUAUUGCGUGUGUGCACACAUACAUGUGUGGAUGUGGAUGCAUGUUUGGGUAUGCUUGUGCAUGACAGCAUGUGUGUGUGUUGUGUGUGCAUGUGUGUAUAUGUAUUUGUACACACAUAUGAGCUUGUGUGUAUACAGGUGCAUGUCUGCAUUUCUGUGUUUCUGUGUCCAUGUGCACAUAUGCAUUAUAUGUUUGAAGAUUUCUAUGUGCGACAUGUAGUGCAUGCUUAUAGAUGCGUUUUGCAUGCAUAAGUGCAUGUGUGUGCAUGAGUAUUGCACGUGUGCACAAACCUGCAUAUAUGUGUAUAUUCACACGUGUGGGAGGCAUGUGUUGUGCAUAUAAAUGCACGUGCAUCACAUCUGAGUUUGUUCACCAGGUACAGAUGUGUGGAUGUAUGUGCCCACUGUACAUGUGUGAGACGUGUGUUUACAUGUUCAUGGCACACAUUCCCGCCCCAGGGCCCAGCUGCCCUCUGCCCUUGCUCUUGCAGCUGUGGCAGAGCAUGGACUGUGCCCGGUUGCCCUGGUGUGGGCUAAGCCAGCCCUGCACAUGCCGAGGUCCACAGCCAGGGCCUGCCCCGCACUGCUGCCCAACCCUUAUGAGGGGCUGGCUCCUUGGCCCUCACCCUCACCCAGCCCAUGUAGCCUGGACCUACCAGCCUCGAGUGGAACUCUUGGUCCUUUUACUGCCCGAGGAGAAGCCAGAGGAGGGCAGGAGGCUCACGCAGAGAAGACUGGGCUGGGGCUGGUUUCGCAGAGGGUGCGGGCCUAGCAAUCUGGCCUGUGAAUUCCAAGCCAUUUAAUCAUUGCUCCGGCUGCACAGCCGGAUGAGCAGCUCAGUGGAGCUCAGCGGCUUUGCUGGGCAGGACCCGCCCCCAGGUUUCUAAGAGGACUCAACCCUGGGCACUUUCUGCCAGAGGCUGGGAAUGCUUCCUGAGUCCUGACACACGGCAACCAUGAUGCCCCAACUCUCGUGCCACCUGGGAGCCAUGCUGGGCACCUGCCCUCCCUCCCCCAACCGUCCCAGGAAGCUGUUCUGAUUGGACAUCCACUCAGCCACCACCGACAGUCAUCCCGCUUCCCACGGGAAAUCUAAGCUGAAAGUGAAUUGGGCUUUCUGGGAAUUCAUGGAGGGUGACAAAAUGGAUCCUGGCACCCCGUCCCCUCCCCAGAGACACUGGCCACCUCCUCCUCGGGGAGGACCUCAGGGUCCGCCCUUGAACCUGAGUCCUCACACCAGCCUCCUCUGCCCGCCAGCCAGGCUCCUGGGCACUGUGAUCUGAGUCCUGCAGACGGAGGGGGGUGGCUGGGGCCAGCACAGCGUGGAAGAACUCUGUGUGACCCUGACCGCGGCUGUGCAACUGGGCGCCUGUGCUGCCCACCCUGCGGCCUGUGUGGGGGUGGCCCGGCCUGCUGUCCCCAGCCCGGUGUUCUGCGCACAUUUGUCCGUGCCUGGGACUGGAAUGCGGUUUGUGGGCAGGGAGCAUCUCUGUCUGAAUAAACCACACUUGUCUCACA